UCUGUGGAGAACAAAAAAUCCCCUUUUCACUUAGGGUUUAUGAGAGAUUGGAAGCGUUUGAAGCUAGAGAAGACGAAUCCGGUGACAUUGUUGGUUGAAAUCGAGAUAGAAGACGAAGUCGCGUUUCGAUUCUCGUUCCAAUGAGGUACAUUUAUGCUUGCGGUUUGAUUUGGUAACUUUAUUUGGUAACUUUGUAGGAUUUAUUUCGACAACAAGUUGUGGUUUUUACUGGGUCUGAGCAUGUGGGCAAGUGGGGAUGUUGUCGGGAACUUUUUAGGGUUGAUUUGGAGAUUUCUUUAAGUCAAGAGAAGAAAAAAUUGUGUUCACACUCUUCUUCUCAAAAUGAUAGACUUGUCGAGUUUGUGUCGGCUUAUGUUUGUCUUUAUUCACAUUGUUUAUGUCUUAAAAUGGCCUCUUUUCACAUUGAUAAAUCCGUUUGUGUUUUUUUUUUUUUUUUGGUAUUUUGAUAGUCAGAAGAUUACGGUGAAGGUGAAAUGUCAUCAUCCUGGCUGCUUCAAGACAGAGGGUGGAGUGUUAAGCUACGGUGAUGGAAUAGUUGAUGUCUUAGAGGUGGAUUCUUUGACAAUCUUUGAAGAUGUUGUCAUGUAUUUGGUUGCAAAAGACAAUAAUAACGUUGGGAGGAUGUGGUACAAGCUACCUUACGAGGACAUGUCAGACAGGAUCCCUCUGUGGGAGAAUGUUGAGGAGAAUAAGAAGAAGUUGGUUGCUAAAGCACGCUGGAUGGGAGAGGUUGACAUAUACUUUGAGAAGCCAAUUCAAUAUUCAAUAAAUGAAGAAGUCACAGAAGCUGCCAAUAAGGAAGCCAGAGACACAGCAACUGCUUCAAAGAAAGCCUCAAAAGUAGCUGGUGUGAAGGUCAAGAAAAAGAGAAAAGUAGUUACCAAAGAGAUUGUGUGUGAAGAUGAAGACAGUGAUGGUCAGAAAUCAGAUGCAGGGUUGUCUGAAUCAUCAGACUCAGAUAUGGAGGCUGACAUUGCUGAGGAAGAGGCUGUGAAUGUUGAGGAGGAAGAGAUUGCAGUGUUUAACAGUCACAAUUAUGAGGAACAGAUUCCAGAUGAAGACGAAGUCUAUCCUGCAACAGAUGAUGAAUCUGGUGAUGAGGAAGCACAAGCAGAGAGGUUGGUUAAGAGGGGUUUACCAGAUGGUGUCUUCAGUUUAAGGCAGGUGUUCUGUAGUGGGAUUGACUUUAAGAAGAAUGUGGUCAAAUAUGUUUUGAAAACCAGAAGGAAUGUUUUUUAUGAUAGAUGGGAAAAGGAGAGACUUGGUGCUAGAUGUAAAGGAAAAGGAUGUAGCUGGAAAGUUUAUUGUGCUGUGGAGAACCCGAUUGGCAAGUGGAUGGUGAAGACCUAUUUUCCUGACCAUCAAUGUCAUCCAACAGGAAGGUGUGAGAUUAUAAAGACCCCUGUUAUUGCUAAUUUAUUCCUUGAAGACAUUAGGAGAGAUCCAGCGAUGAGUGGUCCAGAGAUAAAAGAUGAGAUGAAGAGGCAGUACAACAUUAUUAUCUCACCAAACCAGGCUAAAGUUGCAAGAAGACGUGUAUUUGAUAAGCUACAGGCUGAAUGUGAUAACCAGUUUGCAAGGUUAAGAGAUUAUGAGCAGCAACUACUUGAGUCCAAUUUGCAUACUACAGUAGAGAUUAAUACAACAACAAGAGCUGAUGGCAGUGAAGCAUUUCAUCAAAUGUACAUCUGUUUUGAGGCGUUGAGGACUGCUUGGAAGCAGAAUUGCAGACCAAUCAUUGGUCUAGAUCGUACAUUUUUAAAGAACUCGAUGAAAGGGAUGAUGCUUACUGUUGUUGGAAGGGAUCCUAAUAAUCAGAUAUUUCCAAUAGCAUGGGCAGUGGUGGAUUGUGAGAACAAUCCAAAUUGGGAAUGGUUUGUUGGCAAGUUGAAGAGAGAUUUGGGCUUGGGGUUAGGUGAGAACAUCACUCUCAUUUCUGACAUGCAUAGAGGCUUGAUUCAUGGGAUUUCUACUGAGUUACCAAUGGCAGAGCAUCGAGCUUGUGCUAGGCAUAUCUACUCGAACUUGAAGAAAAAUCACAAGGCUGACAUGUUGAAGCCUUUGUUCUUGCAAGCAGUUACAACAGUGGUGAUUAUAAGGAAGAUUUGGCAUUUUCAAGGAGUUUGAUGCACAUGCUUGUCAGGCUCUACUUCAAAAGGAUCCAACUACAUGGUGUAGGGCGUUCUUUAGGGUUGGUUGUUGUUGUGCUGAUACACACAACAAUCAUACAGAGUCAUAUAAUAGAACUUUGAAGAUUGCAAAGAGAAAGCCGCUUGUCCAGAUGUUAGAACUAAUAAGAAGAGAUGCAAUGCAAAGAGUAGCCAACAGGUCCACUAUUGCUGAAAAAGAAACUGCAAAGUACACCAACAAAGCAAGGACAGAGGUACAGAAAUCAUGUGAAGGAGCUCAAUAUUGCGCAAUGGUUAGAACCACUGGCGGGGAGUAUGAGAUUGUUGAGUUUGGAAUGGGAUAUGCAGUUAGCUUGAGUGAUCGUACUUGUGCAUGUAGGAUGUGGGAUUUGACUGGUAUUCCAUGUCGUCAUGCUGUAUGUGCAAUCAGGGAAAUGAAUUUUGAAGUGGAAGACUACAUCUCAGACUAUUACUUGACUGCAAAAUGGCAAAAGACAUAUAGAAGAUGUUUGAAACCUGUGAAUGGAUCAAAAUUCUGGCCAGAUUCAGGAAGACCAAGGAUUGCAGCACCACCUUUCAAGCAUCCUGCUGGGAGACCAAAGGGUAAAGCAAGGAUCAAGGGUUUAAAUGAAUCACCACGCAAAAAGAAAUCUGAAACAAAAGUUGGUCGGGAAGGAAGAAUAGUGCAUAAGAAAGUGUCCUCAUGAGGUAUAUAUGAAAUUUUAUUGUCUCAUUGUCAUCUGCCUACACUCAAACUCUGUUUGCGUUUGAUUUUGGUCAUUUCUCUUUCAAUAGUCUCCAGAGAGCAGGGCAAAGAGACUGCAACAAAACAAUGUCCCUCAAUUGGAAGCUCAAGAUCAAGCUGAAAUGGAAGCUGCUUUUGCAGCAAUGGAACAGGCACCUCCUGAGACUCAACCUGAAGUGCAAGAUGUUUCUUCAUCCGAACCUCAGAUUAGCUUUAUCAAUAGGGUACUAUUUGGAUGAGUGGAUGGUAUGUAGAGGGUGUAGAAAUUUUUUGUUCAUGUGAUUUGGUCAUGUAUUUGAUCAUGUCUUACACUUAAUCGGCUUGUUUUGGUCAUGUCUUAGGUGAUGUUAACUUGUUUUGGUAUUGUGUUUUGGUCUUGUAUUUGGUGAUGUUAACACUUAAUCGGCUUGUUUUGGUCAUGUCUUAGGUGAUGUUAACUUGCUUUGGUAUUGUGUUUUGGUCUUGUAUUUGGUGAUGUUAACUCUUAAUCAGCUUGGUUUUGGACACAUUUUAGUUUA